UAUUUUCAUUUAUUUUUUGGAAGGAAAUACACUCUACAUCCGUUACAAAUGGCGAUGUCAAAUAUUCGGCUAUUUAUAGCAGCUCUGAUGCUCGUGAAUAUGGGUAGUACACAAGAAUGGAUUGGCUCGCGUGUAGUAGAUGGACGGUGUUUUCUGUAUGUUUAUGCUUGGACGGAAUGGGAUCAGGCGUUGGCGGAAUGCGGCAAAAUUGGGGGAACACUGGCUACAAUAAUAUCACGUGACCAGCUCAACAAAAUCGUCUCAGCAUUGGCCAUUAAUCCCGAAGACUUUGUCUGGAUCGGUGCCAACGAUAAAGUCACAGAAGGAACUUUCGUGUGGACGGAGACGAACCAACAGGCCCCUGACAUACCACGCGACUUAUGGGACCAACACUACCCCGCAGACAGGGACGGAACAAACGACUGUGUUUACUUUCGGCAUGGGGUAAUUGUGAACGAUUAUUGUGAGAACCCGUCAUCAUACCUGUGCAUGGAGCCUAAUUUUACAACUACAAAGUGCCCACCUUCUACACCUUCAUCAGAGACUACCUCCAUAUCUGCUACAACUAUACCAACUACAACCACACUACCUACAACCACAUCAACAACAACCACACUGCCUACAAGCACACUACCCACAACCAUACCAACUACAACCAGACUACCUACAACCACAUCAACAACAACCACACUGCCUACAAGCACACUACCCACAACCAUACCAACUACAACCACACUACCUACAACCACAUCAACAACAACCACACUGCCUACAAGCACACUACCCACAACCAUACCAACUACAACCACACUACCUACAAGCACACUACCCACAACCAUACCAACUACAACCACACUACCCACAACCACACCGACUACAACCACACUACCUACAACCAUACCAACAACAAGCACACUGCCUACAAGCACACUACCCACAACCAUACAAACUACAACCACACUACCUACAACCACACCGACUACUAUCACGCCAUCCACAACUAGACCGUCUACAACCAUAGAGACAAAAACAACACAAACUGAAACCACACCAGUUACAACCACAGCAACUACAACCACACUGAGUAUAACAACACCAACUACAAACAUACUGACUUCAUCCACAAUGUUUACAACAAAACGGCCACAAACACACAGGCAUUCAUCACCGUGCCAACAGCGACGAAAAAAAUCUUCCCACAAGUCAGUGCACUCACACCAUCGCCAACAACGCCGGCUACAACCACACAUUUCACAACCACAACAUCAACAAUUAUUUCGUUCAAAUACACUACGUCAACAACCACGUAGGUCGCAACCACACUUGCCACAAUCACGACGUCACAUGAAUUAUAACUAGGCUGACCAGUGCUGAAGUUCUCUCGACUAUUUCUACCGUCGCUUAUCUCCCAUCUACCAACCAACAAGAUCCUUGUAUUAGGCCAACUUGCGAUUUAUUAAAGUAGAGCUUACAUUUG